AUGGCCGAAGUGGAUGAGCAGUUUCCUGUGGAGGUUCCACCAGAACCUAUGGUAUUGGAUGCUCAAGGUCAAGUACAACCGGCGCCGCUGCAGGCCGCUAUCAAUCAGGAUAUUCCCGUCCCAGACAACAACGAUCUGCAGGUCAUUAUACUUAUUAACAAAUACCUUGUGGUAGUGAUUUAUUUAGCUUAUUCGCCUGAUUCCUGAGUUUUCCUCUAGUUAGGCAUUCAGUGCUCGUUCUGAUCAUAUAGUGUUCGGUUACUGUACAUCGAAAUACGAAGCUUAUAGGUUUUACACGAGUUUUGUUUCGUGUAUGUAUUUUGUCUUUUGGUCUCGCAUAUUUUUCUUCUCAUUAUCAUAUGCUAUUGUUAGUACGUUGUUCUUUCAAGCAUAUUAUAAAAUUUACAGACUCUAGGCGCCUCUGGGUCAAUUUGAAACUCAGUAAUUUUGCCUUAAUAUAAAUAAAUCAUACUAUUAUCGUUCUACAAUUGAGGAACUCUUCGUAUAUAUAUAUUAUCUGUUGCAUUCACACCCUUGUCGUUUAUAAUGGGUAUUCACCACAUAUUUGGCAUACUUCUGCUUGAUUAUACAUUACAUAGUUAUGAAGAAUAGGCGAGAACUCGCCAAGGACGAGUUUUCGUCCGGAACAUGUGGGUGAGAAUUCGCCAAUGACGAGUUGUCGUCAGUUAAAUGUGGGCGAGAAUCGCCAAGAAUAAGAUUUCGUUCUUAACAUGUCAUGUGGGCGAGAAUUCGCCAAGGACGAGCUUUUGUUAGUUAAAUGUGGGCGAGAAUUCGCCAAGGACGAGAUUUCGUCACUAAAGUAUGGGCGAGAAUUCGCCACUGAUGAGAUUUCGUCCGUAAAUUGUGGGUGAGAAUUCGCCAAGGACGAGAUUUCGUCAGUAAAAUGUGGGUGAGAAUUCACCAAGGACGAGAGUUCGUCAGUAAAAUGUGGCCGAGAAUUCGCCAAGGACGAGAUUUCGUCAGUAAAAUGUGGGCGAGAAUUCGCCAAGGACGAGAUUUCGUCAGUAAAAUGUGGGCGAGAAUUCGCCAAGGACGAGAGUUCGUCAGUAAAAUGUGGUCGAGAAUUCGCCAAGGACGAGAGUUCGUCAGUAAAAUGUGGGCGAGAAUUCGCCAAGGACGAGAUUUCGUCAGUAAAAUGUGGGCGAGAAUUCGCCAAGGACGAGAUUUCGUCAGUAAAAUGUGGGCGAGAAUUCGCCAAGGACGGGAUUUCGUCAGUAAAGUAUGGGCGAGAAUUCGCCACGGAUAAGAUUUCGUCCGUAAAUUGUGGGCGAGAAUUUGCCAAGGACAAGAUUUCGUCAGUAAAAUGUGAAUCGAAUUCGCUAAGGGCGAGAUUUCGUCAGUAA